CCGAAAGUAGAGACUUGAGCUCACGCAAUAAUUGAAAACUCUUGCAUAUUUAUUAAAACUGACUUCUCCCAUUUACUUUCCUCUCACCGGUCGUUCCUUGUUUAUUGUGCAAUAAAAAGCCCAACCUCUCUCCGCACACUUUUCUUUCUCUCUCUCUCUUCUGAAGAUCGAAAAGAAUUGAUAAUUUACUUUUCUUCUGGUCUUUCCGGCCGAAUCUCGCAGUUCGAGCAGAAGCUGAAACCUCGUGAAUCUACAGGAACUCGCCGAAAGUUGCGAAGCUCUCGGCUAUUCCCGGCGAACUGUUCUCCGGCAAUGCGUCGCCUCCACGCGCUCCUCUUCCUCCUCUUUCUUCACUCCGCAGCUCUCGUCGCUGCUAAGGGAUCUCGAAACUCUACCUCUAAAUGGCUCACACUUGACGGAGAUGCUCCUUCAGUCAUAGCAAAUGGUGGAUUUUCAGGGCUACUUCCUCACUCCAGUUAUGCUGCCUUCAGUUUAGCAUUAAUGACUAGUUUACCAAAUGUGCUGUUGUGGUGUGACGUGCAGCUUACAAAAGAUGCAGUAGGGAUCUGCUUUCCUAAUCUCAGGCUAGAAAAUGGUUCUAGUGUUGCAGAUGUUUUCAAAAAUAGGAGUCAGGAAUACCUUGUCAAUGGGGACCUUAUGAAAGGAUGGUUUGCUGUGGAUUUCACAUUCAAUGACUUGGCAAAUGUCUUCUUAACUCAAGGAGUUUUUUCUCGAUCUCCUGAUUUUGAUCAGAGUCUGUUCCAGAUCAUGACUGUUAGAGAUGUGGCUGGGUUGCUGAAACGACCUGCAGGCUUAUGGUUGAAUAUUCAGCAUGACAGAUUCUACCAGCAGAAGAAUUUGAGUAUGAGAAGCUUUGUGCUUUCUGUGUCUAGAACUGUUGUUGUUAAUUAUAUUUCAUCAACAGAGGUGAAUUUUCUGCGCAGUAUCACUGCACGAUAUAAGCCAAGCACAACAAAACUGGUCUUCCGGUUUUUAGGAAAAGAUGAAGUUGAGCCUUCGACCAACCAGACUUUUGGUUCUCUCUUAAAGAAUCUUACAUUUGUGAAGACAUUUGCUUCUGGAAUACUUGUGCCAAAGAAUUACAUAUGGCCAGUUGAUAGUCUAUAUUUACAACCUCAUACAUCUGUUGUGGUUGAUGCUCAUAAUGAAGGGCUAGAAGUUUUUGCAUCUGAUUUUGCCAAUGAUGUUCCUUUUAGCUACAAUUUCAGUUAUAAUCCGGUCUCUGAAUAUUUGUAUUUCAUUGACAAUGGGGCCUUCUCUGUUGAUGGUGUGCUGUCUGACUUCCCAAUAACUCCAGCAGAGGCUAUUGGCUGCUUUUCUCACCUCGGCAAAAAUUAUUUGGGACAAGCAAAGCCUUUGGUUAUCUCAUUCAAUGGAGCAAGUGGAGAUUUCCCUGGGUGUACUGAUAUAGCAUAUACGAAAGCUAUUUCAUAUGGUGCUGAUGUUGUUGACUGCUUGGUUCAAAUGACAAAGGAUGGAAUUCCAUUUUGCUUAGGCUCAGUAAAUCUUAUAGAUAGCUCAAACGCUGCUGAAACAUUUAGCGACCUUACAACAAGCAUUCCAAAGAUUGGGGGACAAAGUGGAAUAUAUACCUUCAGCCUCACAUGGGCACAAAUUCAAAGCCUGACCCCGGCAAUAUCAAACCCAUAUGCGUCAAACAGAUUGUACAGGAAUCCAAAAUUCAAAAAUGCUGGAAAGUUCCUAAAAUUGUCAGAGUUUUUGGCCUUAGCAAGAAACACAUCAGCUCCUUCUGGUGUUUUGAUUGGCAUAGAGUAUGCAGUCUACCUUGCAGAGGAGCAGGGAUUAGAUGUAACUGGUGCCGUCCUUAAUGCCUUGAGAGAUGCAGGCUAUAACAAUCAAACAGCUAAGAAAGUAAUGGUUCAGUCCACUGACAGUUCUGUCCUCAAAAAAUUCAAGGGGGAAAACAGUUAUGAGCUUGUGUACAAAAUUAAUGCUAGUAUUAGUGAUGCUCUCGAGCCAGCCAUUGAGGACAUCAAGAAGUUCGCUAAUUCUGUUGUCAUCAGCAAGAGCUCCGUCUUUCCUGAAAAUCAGGCCUUCCUUACUGGUGUCACAAAAGUUGUGCCAAAACUACACUCAAAUAAUCUCCUGGUCUAUGUAGAACUCUUCAGCAAUGAGUUUGCAUCUCAAGCAUGGGACUUCUUUUCAGAUGCGGUUGUGGAGAUCAACUCAUUUGUCAUGGAAAUGAAAAUUGAUGGUGUCAUCACAGACUUUCCUCAGACAGCUGCUUCAUACAAGAGGAAUAAGUGUUUGAAGGGCAGUGUUCUACCACCUUAUAUGAGCCCUGUCGAACCUGGCAGUCUCCUGCAAAUAAUUGCCCCUCAGGCCUUGCCACCAGCUGAGGCUCCUUUCCCGACCCUGAUGGUUUCUAAUGUCUCGGAGCCACCUUUGCCCUCAGUUUCAGCAAAAGCCCCUGCAUCCGGCCCUAAUGGGUCUGCGGCCACAGCUCCAGUCUCCCCCAGUGGCCAGCCCAAAAUUGCCUCGGGCUUCUUGCUUUCAAGUCUGGCCCUGCUGGUGACAACUGCCUCACUAUUCUGAGACAGUGGCAGGUCGUGUGUACCAUGUUUUGAGGAAAAAACUUGUUUCAUCACAUUAAAACCAGUACAAGCAUUUUUCACAAAGCGAAGCAUUUCUUGAUUUGUUGGAACUCAUUCAACAUAUUUUGGAUGUUGCAUCACUUUGUGAAGAAAUCUUUGGCAGGGGUGGGGUUUUUUUGUGAUGAGUGGCAGAAUUCUAUUUUGUCAUUUCAUUGGAUUUCCACAUGGUUGGUUUGGUUCAGGUUCUCGGUUUUGCGGCAUUGUUUCUAAUUGGUCAAAUUUUUUUCCACUAAAACCCAUGUAAUUGUUUGUUUCCUGUCCUUCAAAUUCUAGUGUUGUGGCUAUGUUCAUUCUUCCCCAUGUAUUUAAAGAGAGGUACUCAGAAUUUGUAGGCAAACGGUGGAUUCUGGUUUUUUUGGUGUAGCAUUAUUUUUCAUCGCUGUAAGUUCUGCUGUCCAUUGAAUCGGUUUAUUUAUUUAUUGUUAUUAUUAUUAUUAUUUCACUAAA